AUGUCUUAUGUCUCAGCUGCUCCAGUUUAAGGAUGGCAGCUCAGAAGAAAGUGUGUAUCGUCGGCUCAGGCAACUGGGGUUCUGCCAUUGCCAAGCUCGUUGGGCUGAAUGCAGGACGGAACUCAAAGUUCGACCCGUCAGUGAGGAUGUGGGUGUUUGAGGAGAUGGUGGACGGGAGGAAACUCACGGAGAUCAUUAACACAGAUCAUGAGAACGUUAAAUACCUGCCAGGACACAAACUGCCCGAGAACGUGGUAGCGGUGGCAGAUCUCGUUGAGGCCGUCAGUGGUGCAGAUAUUCUGCUCUUUGUGAUCCCUCAUCAGUUCAUCAGACGAGUGUGUGACACAAUACGAGGGAAGAUUAAACAAGGCGCUCUGGGAAUGUCACUUAUCAAGGGGGUGGAUGAAGGUCCAGAGGGGCUGAAGCUAAUCUCUGAUGUAAUUCGGGAGAAGCUAGGCAUUAGCGUGAGUGUGCUAAUGGGAGCAAACAUUGCUAACGAGGUGGCAAACGAGCAGUUCUGUGAGACAACCAUCGGCUCUAAAGACAAGGCCCAAGGAGCGCUCCUGAAGGAGCUGAUGCAGACGGAUCACUUCCGGGUCUCGGUGGUGGAGGAAGCAGACGUGGUGGAGAUCUGUGGAGCUCUGAAGAACAUCGUAGCAGUCGGCGCAGGAUUCUGUGACGGCUUGUGUUUCGGUGACAACACCAAAGCUGCCGUGAUCAGACUCGGCCUGAUGGAGAUGAUCGCCUUCGCGCGGCUUUUCUGCUCCACUGGGUCCGUUUCCUCGGAAACCUUCCUGGAGAGCUGCGGCGUCGCCGAUCUCAUCACGACGUGCUACGGAGGGCGCAACCGCCGUGUGGCCGAGGCCUUCGCCAAAACCGGGAGGCCCCUGGAGGAGUUAGAGAAGGAGAUGCUAAACGGUCAGAAGCUGCAGGGGCCGGCCACAGCGGCUGAGAUCCAUGUUAUUCUUAAAAACAAAGAUCUUCUGGACAGAUUCCCGUUGUUCAGUGCAGUCUAUGAGAUCUGCUAUGAGAGUCGUCCUGUUACAGAGUUCGUCAACCUGUUACAGAAUCAUCCGGCUCAUCUGUGAGCUGUGAGAUGACUGAGAGAUGUCUGUAUAUAUGUGUGUGUGUGUGUGUGUGUGUGUGUGUGUGUGUGUGUGUGAGAGAGAGAGAGAGAGAGAGAGAGAGUGAUGGAGUCUGUGUUUGCUGAUGUUUUGCGACUAAUGUUUUCCAUGACUAGUACUGUAACAGCUCGUUGGUGUUGUACGCUCCUGCACUGCUUUUGUAAUGUUUUUCUCUCUGAAGCUCCGGCUGGAGAUCUGCUUAUUUUUCAGGAUUCAAUUAAAUUCGAUUCAUUUUAUUUGUAAAGCACUUUUAGCGAUGCACACUAUCAUCCAACGGCUUUAUAGAACUGUACCAAUUCCAGAUGUCUAUUUUAUAUUUGUAUGUUUAUCCCUCUCCCCUCUCUCUUUUUUUUGGGGGAGGGAGUUCCCCAGUUUUUCUCCCUAAUUUAGUCGUGGCCAAUUCCUCCCCACCACUAGGGGGCUCCACAUUAAGGCUGCUCAGUCGGGAGGGCCACAGACUAUCAGGUGUUUCCUCCAAACCACGUGAUGCCAGCCGACCCCAUUUUUUCGAACUGCUCGCUCACGUACUGUUGGGGGCGGCGUAACACACUCGGAGGACAGCGUUAUCCGCUCCUUUCGCUUGCCUGAGCUUACAGACGCCCCUGAUUGGCUGUAGAGCCGUGAUUAAUGUGGGAGCACAAAGUACCUCUCAUCCCUCCCCUCUGAGAGAGCUCGGCCAAUCAGCUCUCUCCAGACCUCCGGCUGCGGGAGGUUACAGCCCCUCAGGGCGUGGUGCUGCGGGGCCUCUGUGGGUGUGCUGUGGCGUCUGGCACUGGAACGCUGACAGGGGAUUCUUUGGGUGCCAUGGGUUGUGGGGUGGAGCCUCUGUGGAUCAGACUUGUUUGUCUGGUGCACAACACAGGUUCUCGAUGGGGUUCUGGGGAUCUGGGGAGUUUGAAGCCUGAGUCAGUGACACAGCCCCGCAUGUGAUGGGCUUUGGCACACUGGGUCCUCUGAUGACUUUUUGUACUGCCUUGGGCUUUCUGUGUACUUGGACUGGACAGGCCGGUGUUUGGUUCCUAAGGGCAUGGGUACGACUCGUGUGCCCGUGAUCCCAUUACCAAUUUACGUCUACAUACAUUAUUCCUUGUGGUUUG